UCACAAGAUUAUGUUGUAACAAAUUAUUUCUACUACUACCUGUUCAAAAUUUCUGCUGCAAUGGGCCAGGAAGUUUUCUACAUCACGUUUCUUCCAUGCACUUACUGGAUCAUAAAUGCCUACGUUGCACGGAGACUGAUAAUUAUGUGGUCGGUAGUCAUGUAUAUUGGUCAAGUCAUGAAAGACCUUCUGAAGUGGCCUCGUCCUCGGUCACCACCUGUUGUCAAGCUAGAAAAGAAGACUAAUGCAGAAUAUGGAAUGCCAUCCACACAUGCAAUGGCAGCCACUGUCAUCUCUUUCACUUUUGUAUCUGUGACUGCAAACCAGUACAAGUAUCCACUUGAACUUGGACUGUUGGGAGCCUUCUUAUUUUCAUCUCUGGUAGGCCUCAGCAGAAUUUACACAGGAAUGCACACAGUGCUCGACGUCAUUGUCGGCAGUCUAAUUUCCUUAUUUUUGACUGCUAUUGCCUGUCCUACCUGGGAUACUGUGGAUCACUUGAUGCUCACCAGCCCUUUCUGUCCAGCAUUCUGCAUCAUUGUGCCCCUCUUCUUGUGCUACAAUUAUCCUAAACUAGAUUAUUACAGUCCAACUAGAGCAGAUACUACCACUAUUCUAGGAGCUUCUGCAGGAGCCAUUAUCGGGUUUUGGGCAAAUAAUCACUAUGGUUCAAAUGCUGCAUCUAAAGAUGUCACUUACAGUGUUUCUUCCAUCACUAGUGAAAUUAUCUUGUUAGUGCUUGCAAAAUUUGUAGUGGGGAUUGGUGUUUUAAUGAUGACACGGCAGAUUGCCAAAACUAUUGUUCUUAAAUCAUUAUGUUCUUGGCACAAGGUUUCUAACAGUGAUGUUGUAGCUAUGCAGCAAAUAAAAAUUGAAGUGCCCUAUAAAUUUAUCACCUAUUCUUCUAUUGGUCUAAGUGCUACAAUGUUUGUGCCACUAAUAUAUACAUUUUUUGGUUUAAAUUAAAUACCGUAUUUUUCGGAAUAUAAGA